ACGGCCAGGAUUCCAUGGGCCCGACAUGCAAGUUGCGGGGCAGCCGUCAACUAGCCAGCAGCACCCCCCCAGCGCCCAGGAGCUGCUCGAUCUGGCUGUCUACGGGGAGCACCUGAGCCUCUACCAGCCGGGGCUCCCCCAGCACGGCCCGCCCAGAGCCCCCGCGGCGCCCCCCACCGUCUUGGGGCUGUCCGACUACGGCGGAGCGGGGGCCAACCCUUAUCUGUGGCUCAAUGGGUCGGGCCUCAGCACGCCCUCGUACCUGCCCAGCUACGGCGGCCCCGGCCAGCGCGGCUUCCUGCCCGCCUCGUCCGGCUUUGGGGCAGCGGCGGCGGCCGAGCUCACCUGGUUGUCGCUGUCCAGCCAGCAGGAUCUCCUGAAGAUCAUGCGGCCGCCUUACUCGUACUCGGCGCUCAUCGCCAUGGCCAUCGAGAGCGCCCCCUACAAGAAGCUCACUCUGAGCCAGAUCUAUCAGUACGUGGAGGGCACCUUCCCCUUCUACAAGAAGAGCAAGGCCGGCUGGCAGAACUCCAUCCGCCACAACCUGUCCCUCAACGACUGCUUCAAGAAGGUGCCCCGGGACGAAGACGACCCAGGGAAAGGAAAUUACUGGACCUUGGACCCCAACUGUGAGAAAAUGUUUGAUCAUGGGAACUUCCGGAGAAGGAGGAAACGGCGGGGGGAACCCAAUGGGACAGGGACACCAGGAGCUCUCUGUAAGUCUGAAGACAGUAGCUCUGGGACCCUCAAAAAGCCAUCAGAGAACAUCGUUGAGUCAACUCCCUCCGAGCUACUUAGCCCACCCAACUCUGGGACCGAGUCCAAGCCUCCCCUACCACCUAUGGAGCCCAGCCCAUAUUUCUCCAGCUUUGCUUCCACCAUGGGAGCCCCCGCUAAUGACUGUGGAGCCUUCCCCAGACACCUCACAGGAAUAGGAGGUGGCCCAGUGGGAGACUUAGCUCUGGGAAGACAAGGGAGCUCUGGCUUCAGCUCCUACUCACCUUGCUCCAGUAUGGUGCAUGGUGUAGAACCUGGCCCUCAGGCUCAGACCCAACCCACAAAUAGUCAUGGCACUGGCUUUCAUAAUUUCUGUGUCAACAACUUGAUCUAUAACAGAGAAGGGACUGAGGUUUAAAGAGAGGGCUUCCUUCCUAAGUGAUAGCUCCUCUUAUUAUCCCCAUUUUACAGAUGAAGAAACUGAGAUAAAGAAGUGACUUUCCCAGGGUCAUCUCACAAAUAGUUAAUGUCUAAAGUGAGAUUUGAACCCUGGUCUUUCUGACUCUAGGCCCAAUGCUCUAUUCAGUGUGUGAAUAGCUGCAUUUUGGCCUUGGAAAUUUAUCCCAAAACCCCCUCCCCAUUAAAUCCAGAAAAUCUCAUCCUUGUGGGAUUUAUGAAUGAGGCUAGUUCUUUUGGGCCUGUGUAGGCUAGUAUCAUCCUUUCAUCAAUGAAGGAAUGAGAGAAAUGGCCUCUAAGGUCAUUGUCCCUUCUCUGUUCAAACCUUUUCUGAUUUUGCCAUCUGGUGAACAGUUCAGGAUUUCCAAACACCUGUUCCGGUAGAAGGGGGUGGCACUAUAGUGAUUUCUUCCCCUUUAAAUGAAAUAGAACUAUUUUGCAUUUUCA